ACCACCAUGGAACUGACAGUGCUGUUGACUGCAGUGCUGAUUCUUCUCUCCUGCUGCUACUUCAUCUUCUCAACAUGGAAGACGAUGUACAGGAAACAGGGGCUCCCACCGGGUCCGACCCCCCUGCCCCUGAUCGGAAACCUCCUGAACAUAAAGAUGGGAUCAAUGGUCGAUUCAUUCAUAAAGUUAAGUGAACAGUACGGCUCAGUGUACACCUUGUAUUUUGGUUCAAGCCCUAUUAUUGUGAUAUGUGGCUAUGAAGCUGUAACAGAAGCACUCAUCGAUCAAAAUGAUGACUUUGGUGGUCGAGGAAAACUGGCAACGAUUGAUCAAUUCACCAAAGGUUAUGGUUUAAGUUUCGCUAAUGGUGAAUGCUGGAGAAAAAUGCGCACCUUCGCAUUCAAGACCUUAAGGGAUUUUGGUUUAGGAAAAAGAAGCAACGAGUGGAAGAUUCAGGAAGAGGCCCGAUGCAUGGUGGAAGAAUUCAGGAAGUGUCAAGGACACCCUUUGGACCCUUCAAAGACAUUUAUGGGAGCUUCUUCCAAUAUUCUCUGUUCCAUCUUGUUUGGAGAUCGUUAUGACUAUACAGACAAGAGAUUCAAAAAACUUCUUUUUAUCACGGAGGAAGUAUUUAGAAUUACCAGCUCUUCCUGGGGUCAGGUUCAGAGCACUUUCCCAACACUAAUGAGCUACGUUCCCGGACCUCACCACCAGGUAGUCUCACUUUCAAUAGAAAUGGUUGAAUUUGUUGCUGAACUAGUGAAAUCCUGCCAGCAGACUUUGGAUCUCAGCAAGCCAAGACAUUUUGUAGAUUGCUUCCUGAUCAAGAUGGAAAAGGAGAAGAAUGACCCCAAUACGGAGUUUCAUAUGAAAAAUCUCCUGUAUACAAUCCACAACCUAUUUAUUGCAGCGACUGAGUCUUUGAAAACCACUCUUGGGCAUGCAUUGCUUAUCCUCCUAAAAUAUCCUGAAGUAGGAGAUAAACUUUAUGAGGAAAUUGAUCGGGUAAUUGGACGAGACAGAAUGGUAAACAUGGACGACAAGUUUGAUAUGCCAUACACACAAGCUGUAAUCCAUGAGGUGCAGAGAUUUUGUGACAUCGUUCCUUUCAAUGUGCCACAUAUGGUGACAAAAGACACAAUGUUUAGAGGAUAUUAUAUCCCCAAGGGCACAGAUGUCUACACUUUGCUCUGCACUGUCCACCGUGAAACCAUGCAUUUUGCUACUCCAUACAAGUUCAAUCCCAACCACUUCCUGGAUGAAAACGGGCAAUUCAAAAAAAAUGAUGCCUUCAUGGCUUUCUCCGUAGGUAAGAGGAGCUGCCCUGGAGAAGGUUUGGCCCGGAUGGAAAUGUUUAUCUUUCUUACCACCAUCUUGCAAAACUUCACAUUGACUUCUAAGACGGAAUUCUCUGAAGAUGAUGUGGCUCCUAAGUUGAAAGGGUUCUUAAAUACCCCCAUAAAGUAUGAACUGUCAUUUGUUCCUCGCUAGAUCUACUUGACUCUUCCACCAGAUAAAGUAGCUCACUGACAUAAGCAUCUGUAUUAACAUCUGUAUUAAAUAACUCCUGUUCAUUCAUCUUCAAUGCCGAGGCUGCAGAGAAGGGGAAUGGGGAACUUGUGUCCUUAGUCCCUUUCCCUGUCUCAAAGGGGACCCCUGAUAUCUCACCAAAUCCCACCAACAGGGCUGAUAAAAAAAAUUGCAAUAAAUAUUACAUGCCGUGUUUCUCCGAAAAUAACACCUACCCCGAUAAUAAAACCUAGCAUGAUUCUCAGGGUGGGCUGCAAUAUAAGCCCUACCCCAAAAAUAAGCCCUAGUAAAAUUUGUUAAAACAUUUUUUAAUCCACCUUGCAGAAUGAUUGCCGGAGGUCUUCUACUCUCCUCCUGGCUGACGCCCGCCCCUCCUCCCCAGUGCACUAAGUGGGCCAACG